GGAAAUAAAAUGGAGAACCACACGAUGGUAACACACUUUAUCUUGGAUGGAUUCCAAGGUCAACUAGAACUGCAGCUCAGCUUGUCUUUUCUCUUUAUGCUGUUCUAUACUGUCACUUUGAUGGGGAAUAUCGGCAUGAUCACCAUCAUCACCACUGAUGCUCAGCUUCACACCCCUAUGUACUUUUUCUUGAAGAACUUGUCCUUCUUGGAUAUCUGCUACUCUUCUGUGAUCACGCCCAAAGCCAUGCUGAGCUUUGCCACUGGAAAGAAGACAAUUUCUUAUCCUGGGUGUGCCACACAGAUGUUCUUCUUCUCUCUUUUUGGGACUACUGAAUGUUUUUUCCUAGCUGUGAUGGCAUAUGACAGGUUCAUGGCCAUAUGCAGCCCAUUGCUUUAUCGCACCACCAUGUCAAGGAAGACAUGUACACAUCUGGUGGCUGGUUCAUAUGUAUUUGGCUUCCUCAAUUGUUGCACACAGACAGGUCUCACAUUCAGCUUGUCCUAUUGCAAGCCAGCGGAAAUCAACCAGUUCUUUUGUGAUGUCCCAGCUGUCAUGAAGGCCUCUUGCUCAGACACUUCUAUAAAUGAAAUCGUGCUCUUAGGAAUGUGUGGCUUUAUCAUCAUUGUAACAUUCACAACUGUCCUAAUCUCUUAUGGCUACAUUGUGGCCACAAUUCUGCGGAUACCUUCUGUUGAGGGAAGACAGAAGGCUUUUUCAACCUGUACUUCCCAUAUCAUGGCUGUAAGCUUGUUUUUUGGGUCAGCUUUCUUUAUGUAUGGUCAACCUGGAGCUAUCUCAUCCCCUAAUCAAGGCAAAGUGGUAUCUAUCUUCUACACCAUUGUAAUCCCCAUGUUGAACCCCCUAAUUUACAGCCUAAGGAACAAGGAGGUCAAAGAUGCCAUAGGGAGGCAGGUAAAAAGGAUAUAUUUCCUUUCCUAA